AUGUCGACCACCGCGACCGUGCCAGUAUACUUCGAGCUGAGCUGGUCUAUUCUCAGCACCAUCGGAAUCGCUAAUGUUAUUUUCGGUGUUCUUGUUGCUGGCAUAACCAGCCUCUCCCCGGUUGCCAUCGUCCCGAUCGUUACCUCUGCAGCGGGCGCGAUAGCCAACGGACUUUGCUACUAUGCAUUCUACGACGAAACAAACCCUAUCACGGGCCAGGCUGUGGCCUCGAUCUUUGCAGAUUUAAUGUGGCUGAUCCAAGAAGCCGGGCUGUCGUUCUACAGUUACAUCAUCCUGAGCCGUGUCCUGCGCAAUCGACAAUGGUAUAUCUUUGCCAGUCUGUUUUGGCUCAUGAUCAUACUGAUUACUGCCCUUCGCGUGGGUAUUAUGGCUGUCAGAGCUAGACGGAUCUUGAACGAGACCACGGGGGAGCAGAUAACCAUCAACCACCUCCAUAUCGGCUACUUUGUGUCAAUAGCCAUGUUGGAGUGCCUCAGUGCCUUUUUCCUUCUCAGAGUCUUUGGGUCGGCUAAGUCUACGUCACUGAAGGCUGCCCUUCAGACCGGAUUAUUCCGCUAUCUAAUCCGAAGCACUGAGGUCCGCCUUGCACUUCUUGCAGUCCUUGGUGUGAUGCGAGCCAUCACAUAUUCUUUCCAAACAGCUACACAGAGUGCCACGAAUGUGGCUACUCAGGUCGAUCGGUUUGCCUACACGAUGGAAUGCAUGUUUCCUAUCAUCAUGAUAAUUGACAUUCUCGCUUCCAAACUCGUCUUUUCGAACCAGGUGUACGGGUCAUCCUCCCACAGCCGAGGACUCCCUAGAAGCUACCCUCGUCAGAAGUUCAUGAGUGGUAGAGACGAUCUAGUUCUCACCACGAAUCAAGAACACGUCGUGGAGGUGCAAGGAGGUAAAAGGAGCCGAGAUCGAGCAAGCUCACAAGAGCACAUCAUCGAUGGCAAAGGCCACCCGACCCACUCCUCGGACAUCGAUAUGGACGAUAUGGAUCCCCACCGGAUUGGCAUCAGCAAGAUAGUUGCUUUUGAAGUGCACAUCUCUGGUGAGAGUACACGAUAA